CGCGACAUACGUCGGCAUUGAGGCGCAUAAAUAUGGUGUAGUGAAAAUGCAUGGCUGGUGUGGAUGCUGGGUGUUGCACAAGGGUACAACAUCGCUACCACUGCCUCUAGAGAUGUAGAUUUAGAUAUAGAUACAUGAUUUGAUCCAAAGAAACACGGAGGCAACUGUAAGAAAUAGUCUGAAUCAUACAUGAAGUGCGUGUGAGUGUGUGUGUAAUGUGGUUGGAUACCAUGCAGAUCUCUGAUUAUCCUCUGGAGCUGAUUUUCACCAACUGUUACGGAUGCCAUUGUGAAGCUGGAGGACGAACGCAGGUUAUACUGUCAUCAUACUGUGUACUGCAUCAAGGGAACCUACGAUAAAGCUUGGACGUAAUGGAAAAAAUCAAUUCCACAGAAUAUUAUGAUAAUUAUAGUUACGAUUAUGAUAUUCCUGAUCAUUCAUGCAACAAGACCGAAGUGAUGCAGUUUGGAACACUGGUCACCCCAAUCUUUUUUACGAUGGUCAUCAUGUUCAGCUGUGUGGGAAAUGCAUUGGUCCUGUGGGUGCUGAUUAAAUAUGAAAAUCUGAAAUCCAUGACCAAUGCAUUCCUCUUGAACCUGGCCAUCUCUGACCUGGUCUUUACCUUCGGCCUGCCCUUCUGGGCCUCAGACCUCGUCUUGGGCUGGAUAUUUGGAGAAGCUGUGUGCCAGACAGUGAGCUUCAUCUUCUACCUGGGCUACUACAGCAGCCUCAUCUUUCUCACAGUUAUGACCGUGCAUCGAUAUAUGGCCGUGGUGCACCCACUCUCUAUGCUUUUGAACAGCACCACAUACUAUUCCAUUGGGAUUUCUGCAUUUAUCUGGGUCCUGAGCUUCUGUGCCGCGACCCCUCAUUUCAUCUUCAGUGUGGUCAUAUUCCCUUUUGAAGAGGGCAGAGCUUACUGCAAUUAUAACAACAUCAGAUGGAAACUGAUUGGCGUUUACCAGCAAAACAUCUUCUUCCUCAUUGCCUUCUUCACCAUUGCUUUCUGCUACAUUCGAAUUCUCGGACGCCUGCUCAGACCCGUGUCACACACCCGUCCCAAGACCGUGAAGCUGAUCUUCUGCAUUGUGGUGGCUUUUUACUUGGGUUGGGCACCAUACAAUGUGGUCAUCUUCCUCGAUUCUCUGAUACACUGGCAAAUCUCACCAUUCAACGAGUGUCAUGUGAGCACCAGAGUGGAUUAUGUUUUUUACGUCUCCCGACUGGUGGCGUUCUCUCACUGCUGCCUAAAUCCAGUGUUUUACGUCUUUAUGGGGGUCAAGUUCAGAGAUCACCUAAAGAAGAUGCUGAAGAGUUUCUGCAAGAAAGAUGAUCAACCUCACGACAGACCCCUGAGUCAUCUGAUUUACUCAAAUGGGGAGGAAAUUUCCAUGUUCUAGCUGAUCUUGCAGCAGUUUCUUUAUAGUAGGAAAGUAGCCAAAAGUGCCUGUGAGCUUUAAAAUUUUAAAUGUUUUGUAUUUUAAAUGUUUUGUAUUCAAAGCUUUUUGAUUUCCUCUUCUGAAUUUGUUCAAUAUACCGGAGAAUCAUCAAAAUAUUUUUUAAUUAAAAGACAUUUUUAAAGUAAUUACUUUAAGGAUUGUAGUCAAAAUUUUCCAAAACUUUCAAAACUUUUUUUUUGUAAAUAUUAAAGAUUGUAGUAUUUUUUUAAAAAAAUAUUUUGAUACUUAAUUGUUCUAAUAUUAUGUACUAAAAAAUUAUUUGUACAGGACCAAUCAUUUUUACUUAUAACCUAAAGGUGUUUUAAAAGUGUUUCUAUGCUUAUAAUAAUCACGCACUUACACAUUAUGCAUAUACAUUAUACUUUAGGAACUGUGAAACUGUGGGACAUGUGACAGAUCUCACUAGUUUCUUCAUUUCUACAUGUCUUCUGCUUUCAUUUUGCCAGCCCAUAAUUUAGCCCUGCAAAGUGCUCCAAACCUUUGCCCUAAAAAUCAACCCAUAGACCAUACAGAGGUUCAGCAGAGGGGUUGGGUUGGAGUUGAAGACCUGCCGAUAUUUUCAUGGCAAUUACAAUUCAUCUCUCAGACAGCAGGGGGCUCUAAAGAACUCAUGUAGAAAUCAUGAAUGAUCAUGAAUAAUCAUGAAUAAAUUCUGUAUUUUAUUUAGCUUGUAUUUAAAAUGCUUAAAAUACUAAAUACAAUGCAUAAAAGUUAAUUUUGGCAUCUUUUUUUUGUAAUCAGAUAUGUCUACACAGUAUAGGUGUUUAAUGAAUAUUGAAUAAACUAUGACAACAUUUUAGGUGGCAGUACAUUUUUUUCCUCUGCGGUAUUUUCAUAAUUUGCACACUACAUUUAUUUUGAUGCAUGUGAGAAAGAUUUUUGAAUUCUUCAUUGGUGCUGUGCUCAUUUUAGAAGCAAAUUUAAGCAAAUGUGAACAGAACCAGCUCUACCUGAUGUGCAAAAUAAGCAGCUACUUAGGGUGAUUUUGGUGACCGCUGCCAAGAGGUCAAGAAAUUUUUGUUUGGGCUGUGAGUAAGACUGAAACAUAGAUCUUGUGAAAAAAUGAGUUUCUUAUAUGUUUUUAAUCAUGUCCAAAUAAAAAACCCUAAACUGUAUGUCAAAGUAGUACUCAACAUAUGGUGUGUCAUACCUUCAAAUCAUCGA